CUCUGGUUUGAUAUAUGUUGCUGAGAUUGUGUCUGCAGCUAAGAGAGCAUUGUCUCGAGUACUGAUCAUUAUUGUUUGUGAAGGAUUUGGAACUGUCAAACCAAGGUUGGGCCAUCUUCUUACUAUAGGCUUUGUUUAUUUUAUUGUUGCUUUCAUUGAUGGAGUAUAUACUAAGAGCCUCAAAGGGUAUUGGUAAUCAUGGAUUAACUACAAUGCUUACCUUUGGAUUAUUGUUCCUGCUUGAUACUGGAAUAGUUUACUGGAUAUUUUCAGCUCUCAUCAAUACCAGGAGGAACUUGAGGGUGAGGAAGAACACAGUUAAACUGGCACUGUACAAUCACCUUGGAUACGCACUCAUUGCUACUGUCAUUGCUUCUCUGACAUUUAUUAUCUGGCAGUUCAUAUACAUUACAAGGAGCAACUGCACUAAUGAUUGGAGGGAGAUGUGGUUGAUUGAGUGCUUCUGGCACAUGUUAUUUUGCUUCAUGCUUUUAAUAGUUAUGAUAAUAUGGAGACCUUCCGCUAACAAACUCAGGUUUGCCUACUCACCUGUUAGCAAUGGAGACUCAGAUGAAGAGGAACAAGGAGCCAACAAGAACUUUGAAACUGUAAAAAUGCGUCCUGUGAGUGGAAAGUCAGAAUCUACCAAACAGCAAUUGACUUCAAUGGAGGCUGAGGAAGAUUUGAAAUGGGUAGAGCAAAAUCUACCAACGACUGCUAUUGAUAAAGCUGCACAAAUGGUUCUUGAUUCUGAAGAGGAAGUAAUGACUACUCGUUUUGAAGCCUCUAAGCUAAAUUAAGUCAAUUUUCAUUGGCUGCAUACAAACUGUGCACACAAUGUACACUGACUCAAUAUUAAAAUAUUAUUUGAUUGAAAAGGAGUGUAUCGUAUUCCCUUUUUAAAUACAGAGAAUCCUAUAGGCAA